AUUCUAUAUCCUAACUCUUGCACAAUACUAUAGGUGACCAAAGGAAUCAUUUGUCAUUAUGAAGCACAUUCACGCCGUCGGAUCACCAUACCAGGUUGGUAAGCAGCAUGGAGAAGGUGCCAAAGAGGAAGUGCAUGGGAGCAUUGCCUUUUAUUCGGCAUUUUUCAAGUCGCGCACCAAGCUGGAGUGGCCACAAGUCCAGGAAGUAGCACGCAAUUUCUUACCAUUGCUCGAGGGCUCAUACCCCGACUAUGUUGACGAGAUGCAAGGCGUUGCCGAUGGUUCAGGCCUAGAUCUUGAGUCAAUCAUUGCACUCAAUGUGCGCACAGAGAUUGCUUAUGGCUUGCUCAGCGAUGGCUGUACUGUCCUGGCCUGGAAGACGACUGACUCAAGUUUCCUCUCCCAGAACUGGGAUUGGAACUUUGACCAGACUCCAAACAUCAUUCGUCUCUCGAUCCAACAAGAUAACAAACCCAAGAUUGACAUGAUGACCGAGGGUGGAAUCAUUGGGAAAAUUGGCCUGAACUCGGCCGGCGUCGGAGUCACCCUCAAUGCAAUUCAAGCCCCGGGCGUCUCUUACAACAAACUGCCUUGUCAUCUGGCCUUGAGGACGGUGUUGAACAGUACCUCUAGAGCGGAUGCUGAAGAGACAUUGCGAAAGAUCGGUGUCGCAUCCGCUUGUCACAUCACCAUCGCAGACGCGCGAACGGGUGCCAAUGGGUUUGAAUGUACCGCUGAGGACAUUGUGGAAAUUCCCCAAACCGAGGCUGGAAUUCAUACGCACUCCAACCAUUUGAUCAAAUCGCACAAGGUGAAGGGAACCAUGUUCUUGAGCGACUCGGACUUUCGAUUAUCACGCAUUCAAGAUUUGGCCCGAACGAUCAACAAGCCAUCAGUGCAAAAUAUCAGCGAACUUCUCAAGGACGAAACCAAUUAUCCUGCAGCAAUCAAUCGUGCUGUGGGAGAAAAGAGCACAAGUCAAACACUCUUUUCUAUUGUCAUGGAUCUGGUCGCCCAAACUGCCACAGUUAAAAUGGGACGUCCGACCGAGGAUGGGGAAAGUUUUCAAUUGAAUCCUGGGCGGGGCUAGGAUAUCAGUAGCAUAUAUGCCAUGAGACAGCCAUGGUUUCCAUCCGUGUCCCAACAAGUUGUUCCUUCUCCCUGUCAUCUAGCUUAUGUACAAGAUGUAAUGUGUGGCCAUUGUGGGGUGGUUUGGCCAGUCGCUAGGUUCGGUCCAUCUUCUGUUGUUUAAUGCUUUUUCGCCUUGUCUUCC